GCCAUGGAGUCUCAAUUGCAAGAGGCUAUAAUGGCAAGCGCCUCCAUGUUUCAUAGGGGGGCGGCGACAGGAGGACGAUGGCACAGCGUUACCUUUGUCAUGCUGCAUCGUGUCUGCAGCAAAUGAUGUUGCAUCAUAUAUCGCAUUAGCGGCGCGCCGCUCUGGUUAAACUGCCGGCCCGACCAACUUUCCUGAGACAUCCACUCUGGACCUAAGAGUGGCGCUAAAUGCGCUGCAGUCAGCAAGUCGAUUCUCCGGUUGCUUAGUCAUCUUCCCAACCAUGAACUUGGUCUCACUUCGAGAACUUGCACAGCUGGUUCAAGCAAACAAAGGGGGCAGGUUGCUAGGCUUGGAUGUCGGCACCAGCAGCGUUGGGGUGGCAAUCUCCGAUACCGUGUGCCGCAUUGCACAUGUCCACAGUGCCAUUUACGAGAAGCUAGACAGUCCCACAAUGGUCAAGAGUGCAGCUGUCAUUGAGAACGCGGUCAGCAAUGAGGGCGUUAUAGGUCUUGUCGUUGGGAGCCCCUUAGACAAGUCGGGACGAGAGCCGCAAAAGGAUGUACUGUUGCACCGCCUCUAUUUGCAGCGAGUGCACGAGGCCAGCCGCACGCUCGCCGGCCUGCCCACGCUUUUCUUCGACGAGUCAAACACAACGCAGAUCGUGAACAGCAGUCUCCGCCACAUGGCGCCGCAGCCGUACGCAGUCAUGAAGCCGCUGAAGGACAAGCUUUCGGCCGUCUACAUUUUGCAGGGUUGCCUCGAUGAGUUGGCCAGGAUGCGAGAAGAGGCUGGCGGCCACCGCGAAGAGUAGAAGCUGGAACGCCUGAAAUGAGAGGCCUGACAGAAGCUGUCUGAUGAUGGAUCUGUUGAGUGUCAGCGGAUGCUCAACAGGUGUCAAGUUUCAACGCGGAGAGGUCGGACAGGGAGCUAUGAGUACAAGAUUUGGAAUGCAUGUCGAGUUUAUUUCACAAGUAAGGAUUGCCAGGACAACCUCCAACCGUUGAACCUCCUGGUUUAUUGACAACCUGCGGAAUAAUCUAUGAGUCAAUCAGGCGAUUCAAACCGUCUUAAUCACAAAGGGAUGCAUCAGAUAUGACCUGACGGCGCCCGAUUCUAAAAAAUCUGAAAACCGGUC